AUGGGUGGCUCUAGCAAAGGGGAAGUAGGGAAGCUGCAGCUGCUGCUGCAGCACGGCGAGCGUUUCUUAGAUCUUAUUUGUAGUGGAUCUUAUGAUCCUUCUCGUGAUGUAGGGGAGCAGAUACGGGAGCUGCAACAGCAGCAGCAGCGGCAGAUGCACCUGCAGCGACGACGACGUCAGCAACUGGAAGAAUCAGGAGGUGAAGAAGAGCUCGAUGAUCCCCAAAACACCAGCAGCAGCAGCAGCAGCAGCAGCGGCAGGAGGAGGAAUAGACUUCGUAGGAGCGAUUCUUUGCCUACUUCUUCCGACGACGAUACAGAAAAGACAACAGGAGGAGCAUCAGGUGCAUCACCCCCAUCAUCCCCACGUCUAUCAUCAACAGUGCCAGCACCAGGGGCAGGACCAGUAACAGCAGCAGCAGCAGCAGCAGCAGCAGCAACAAUAGAAUUUCCUUCAUGUAACUGGAUGGCUGAGUUGCGUCGGUUUUGUCCAUCUUUGGGUGCUGUUAAAAUAUUGGGGGAGAAAGAGAAGCGAAAGAGGUUGUUGUUGCUGCUGCUAACUGCAUGCAAACUAGUGAAAGAGACGCAGCAGCAGUACAUCAACCGCAGGCAGAAGCAGCAACAGAAGAAUGCAGCAGCAGCAUCCAGGAGCAGAACACAAAGCCCGAUGCACACCAGCAGCAGCAGCAAACAACAGCAGCGUGAUGCCGAGGAGGCCGCAGAGAUGGACGAGGACGAGGAAUCCUCCCAACAGCAACACCUACAGCAGCAACAGCAGCAGCAGCAACAGGAAGGAGAAGAGGAGGAGGAGCAGCUACCCGAGGAAGUUAAUGUUGUUGUUGCUUCUUAUGAAAUGCUGAUGCGAGUGAAGAAAGAUGUCCUGCAAGAGAUGCCUCCAAAGAAAGAAGUCAUUUGCUUCAUCCCCCUUUCUGAUAUGCAGCGUACAUUGUAUAGAGAUUUAUUAACGAAAAAUGUUAGUGCCUUACAAGGAGGCGAAAGUUGCGGUCGAUCGCAAUUACGUAAUUUAGCGAUACAACUAAGAAAGGCGUGCAAUCAUCCUUAUCUGUUCGAAGGAUACGAGCCGGCGGAUGAAGAUCCAUUUGGGGAGCACGUGAUAUACAACAGCGGGAAGUUACGUUUUUGCGAUCGUUUGCUGCAACGAUUAGUAGCGAGGGGGAGUCGCGUUUUAUUAUUUUCUCAGAUGACGAAGAUGUUGGAUAUAUUAGAAGAUUAUUGUUGUAUAAGAGGGUUUGGAUAUUGUAGAUUAGAUGGUAGUACUGCAGCAGACGAAAGAGAAAAACAAAUUGCUGCUUUUAAUAAUAAUUGUUAUGGUGAUGACAAUGAUGAUAAUAAUAAUGAUAAUAAUAAUGAUAGUAAUAAUAAUAUUAAUAAUGAUAGUAGUAAUGGUACUAAGGAUAAUAACAAUGAUGAUAAUAAGGAUAAUAUUCACGAUAACAAGGAUAAUAUUAAUAAUGUUAGUAAUAGUAGUAAUAAUAAUGAUAAUAAUAAAGAUAAUAAUAUAGAUAAUAAUAUAGAUAAUAAUAUAGAUAAUAAUAUAGAUAAUAAUGAUAGUAAUGCAAACAAAGACAUUAAGGACCAUAAGGAGGUCAUGACAACCGCGAACAAUGCAGCAAACGGCAUAAAUAGGCAACAGCGGGCAGUAAAUGUUUAUCGACUUAUCCAUGAGCACACAAUAGAAGAGAAAAUACUUGAAAGAGCAAACCUUAAACUGCAACUCGACACCGCCGUAAUCCAACAAGGGCGUCUACAUGCUGGUAGUAAUCGUGGUGAUCUAAGUUCGAAGGCUUUGCUAUCGAUGGUUCAAUUUGGGGCUGAGCAUAUUUUUAAACCAUCAGGAAAAAAUGAUUUAACAGAAGAAGAACUUGAAGCUAUUCUUGCAAGAGGACAGGAGCGGACGGAGCAGAUGGAAGCGAUGUUGCAGCAGCAGGUGCGGCGUUCUUUGUUGGACUUUAGCAGCAGCAGCAACAGCAGCAGCUUAUAUGAUGCAGAUGAAUUAUAUUAUCCUGAAGAAAGGAAGACAGCAGAUAGAGAGGCAUGGCUAUCUCUUGCAAGGGAGCAGCAAGCUGCUUCGUCAGAACGAGACAGCAGGAGGAGACUUAGGGCCAGCACAUAUAAAGAUGCUGCUGCAGCAGCAGCAGCAGAGCAGCAACAGCAGCAACAACAACAGCAACAACAUUCAAAGGACAGCCGCAAACCCAUGCCUAAGUUAAUCAAACUUCCCAAUAUGCAGGAUUGGCAAUUUUACCGGAGGGAGAGAAUAGAAGAAUUACAUGAAAUUGAUUUACAGUGGCGAGCAACUUUAGGCAGCAGCAGAAAAUUAACAGAAGAAGAGGAAGAAGAAAGAAGAAGACUUAUUGCUGAGGGGUUUAGGAAUUGGUCAAGAAGGGAUCUACUUGCAUUUGUUAGGGGGUGCGAAAUGUAUGGCCGAGAGGAUUUGGAUAGAAUUGCGACGGAGGUCGAAGGAAAAACGACAGAAGAAGUCAAAAAAUAUUCUUCUGUUUUUUGGCAAAGAUUGGAAGAAAUUGGAGACUGGAAAAAACUCGUCAAAAAAAUACAAGACGGAGAGGCUGUUAUACAAAGAAGAAGAGAACUUGAACAGGUGAUAGUUCGUCGUCAGCAGCAGAGUGAUUUCCCUUGGCGUCGUUUGCCGAUAAAUUUUGCUGCUGCAACAAAAUCAAAAUCUUUCUUUACUGAGGAAGAAGAUAUCUUCGUACUUAACCUUACUACAUUACUAGGCUACGGCAAUUGGGAGAAACUCCGCAGCCAGGGCGAGAGGUUUUCGCGUGGCCGCCGCCGUUUAGAUAUGCCGGCAACGAAGCAGCAGUCUCCUUCAGCAGCAACAGGAACACCAGCAGCAGCAACAGGAACACCAGCAGCAGCAACACCAGCAGGUACAACACCUGCAGCAGCAACACCUGCAGCAACAGCAGCAACACCAGCAGCCAACGCCUCAUCUACUACAGCAGAUGGCCCGUAUACCAACAGCGUAGAAAGAUCAGGGGGGUUGGAGACACAGACAGCAGCAGCAGCAGCAGCAACAGCAGCAGCAGCAGCAGCAGCAGCAGCAGCAGAUACGGACUCUCCUCCGCGCAUUGGGAAGACAGAGCAAUUUUCUCCCCUCUCUAGUGGAGAGGCAGAGGCAAAGAGAAGACGCCUCCUUACUGGAGAAUAA